AUGAAUGAUUUAAUUCCUAUAGUCAACAAACUCCAAGAUGUUUUUAGCACUAUUGGCAGCGACACAGUAGAUCUACCGCAAAUUAUUGUUGUUGGAUCUCAAUCUUCUGGAAAAUCUUCUGUUCUUGAAAACAUUGUUCAACGUGAUUUUUUACCUCGUGGUAACGGAAUCGUCACUCGGAGGCCGUUAGUUCUUCAGCUCGUUAAUAUUCAAGCUUCUGAAGAUUCUAAACCUGUAGAAUAUGGUGAAUUUUUGCACACGUCGGAUCAAAAGUUUACCGACUUUUCAGAAAUAAGAAAAGAAAUUGAAGCCGAAACGGCAAGGGUUGCAGGACAAAACAAAGGAAUAUCGAGGUCUCCAAUUCAUUUGAAGAUAUUCUCUCCGAAUGUGCUUAAUUUAACACUAGUUGAUCUUCCUGGCCUAACAAAGAUUCCAAUCGGGGAUCAGCCUACAGAUAUUGAGAAACAGACCCGAAGUUUACAAAAUAUUCAAAAUAAAUGUAGUAUUAUUUUAGCUGUAAGCCCUGCAAAUGUUGACUUGGUAAAUUCGGAAAGUUUGAAGCUUGCAAAACAAGUUGACUCAGAAGGCAAAAGAACCAUCGGAGUCUUAACUAAAUUAGAUCUUAUGGAUGCUGGUACAAAUGCGUUAGAGGUUCUUACUGGUCGUGUUAUACCUCUUAAGCUGGGCUUUAUCGGGGUUGUAAAUCGUAGUCAACAAGACAUAAUAGGUAAUAAACCUAUGACUGAAGCCUUGAAGGCUGAAAGUGAAUUCUUUAAACGACACUCGGCAUAUCGAAGCAUUGCUUCGAGAUGUGGGACACCUUUUUUGACGAAGAUUCUGAACCAUAUUCUUAUGAAUCACAUACGGGAAAGGUUACCGGAUAUGAAAGCCAGGAUUAAUUCUCUUAUCAGUCAAACUACGCAAGAACUCUUGUCUUAUGGAGAUCCUGUUCUUGACGAAAAGACUAAUAAAGGGGCAUUAGUAUUAAAACUCAUUACUAAAUUCUCAAAUGAUUUUGUUUCAUCGAUUGAUGGUACCGCAUUAGAUAUAUCGACAAAAGAAUUAUGUGGUGGUGCAAGGAUAUAUUAUAUUUUCAACAACAUAUUCGGUGCAGCGUUAGAAUCUAUUAGCCCAUGUGGAAAUCUUUCAGUACAAGAUAUUCGAACCGCUAUUCGAAAUUCUACUGGACCAAGACCAUCUUUAUUCGUACCAGAAAUUGCUUUUGAUCUUUUGGUUAAGCCUCAGAUUCUUUUGCUUGAGCAGCCAAGUUUAAGGUGUGUUGAACUUGUGCAUGAAGAAUUGACAAAGAUAUGCCAUAGUAGUGGAAAUCAGGAACUUGGUCGUUACCCACGCUUACAUGCCAAACUUGUAGAAGUUGUUUCUGAUUUGCUUCGUGAAAGACUCAACCCUACUUCAUCGUACGUGGAAAGCUUAAUCAGUAUUCAACGUGCAUAUGUCAAUACAAAUCAUCCAGAUUUUAUUGGUGGCGCAGGAGCCAUGUCUGAUCUUGUAAGAAAAAGUGAAAAGAAGAGGCGAGAAUUCGAGAAGCUUAAUCGACGGGCAAACAUGGGAGGUAAUAUGACACAUAUUUCGCCAUUAAGUGGACCAUCAAUUUCUAGCAAAGAUGAAAGUCAGGAUGGUUCACCACUUUCGGAUAAAGAAUCUAGUGGUUCUAAAGAUCUGGGACUUCAAAAUGGCAUCAGCAAUAAUGCAUGGGCACAACGCGAAUCCUUUUUGACAUAUUUCUUUGGGGCUGGUAAUAAAAGUGAUAGAACGAUAUUGCCAGAUCAACCUUUGCCUAAUCGAAAUGGUACAUCCGCUAAGACUGGAAUAGACAUGGGUGAAUUGGAGAGAAAAUUAGAUAAUGGUGCGAUUGUCGAUGACGCCAUUCAUCUGACCGAUCGUGAAGAAAUGGAGAUACAGCUGAUACGUUCUUUAAUCACUUCGUAUUUCAAUCUUGUACGCAAAACAAUUCAAGACCUUGUACCAAAGGCCAUUAUGCAUCUUUUGGUCAAUUAUUCUCGAGAGUCGGUCCAAAAUCGGUUGGUUUCAGAAUUAUAUAAAGAGGAACUAUUUGUAGAUUUAUUGCAAGAAGACGAAAAUUUAGCAAGCCGAAGACAAAAUUGUAAAACCAUGCUUGAUGUUUAUAGAAAGGCAUUCGAAAUUAUGAAUGAAGCUAUGUGA